CCCUCCCACACACACACCCCUUUUCCCCGCCAGCGGAGCUGGGUGCCGAGGACAAACGUCCCAGCAGAGAAUUUGCUAAGGAACCGUCCCAGGGCCUGGCUUCCCCGGCCUGGAGGCGCAUCUGAGCUGCGGAGAGUCGCCCAGGCUCGAGGGAGAGCAGGCGGGAAGCUGCCCCGUCCGGCCCAGGGGGUGUUGGAGCAAGCGAUGGCCCAGGCUGCCUAGGCUAGCCCAGGGCAGGGUAGAUCUCUCCAGCCGGGCUCUUUCUCCGGGACCGCUCCGCGCCUCGGGCAGACCAUGAACCUGGUGGGGAGUUACCAGCACCAUCUGCUCCACGAGCCCUUCCUCUUCAGCCCGGCCUCCAGGUGCCACCCGGAGCGCUCCUACUUCCAGAGCUGGGUGCUCAACCCGGCCGAGGUGUCCCCCGACCUCUCCGGGCAGCCCUCCCCCUACCCCAGCGCCGAGUUCGGGCCGCCGGGGCCCGGCCACGGGCCCAGCCGGCUGGAGGCGCUGAGCAGCCGUCUGGGCCGGCGGAAAGGCGUGGGCCCCAAGAAGGAGCGCCGGAGGACCGAGAGCAUCAACAGCGCCUUCGCCGAGCUGCGGGAGUGCAUCCCCAACGUGCCGGCCGACACCAAGCUCUCCAAGAUCAAGACCCUGCGCCUGGCCACCAGCUACAUCGCCUACCUGAUGGAGGUGCUGGCCAAGGACAGCCAGGCCGGGGAGACCGAGGGCUUCAAGGCCGAGCUCAAGAAAACCGACAGCCGGGAGAACAAGCGGAAAAGGGAGCCGGUAAGGCUGAGCAGCCUGAAGUCUACUCGCAUUCCCUAGGCCAUGGAGAGAAAAAGCUCAAAGGAAGGACUGGUUGGCCUCAGCAGGUCUGGGCUCUGGAGUUAAAUCAGUGAGAAGAGAGACACAAAUCAAAGACUGAACUCAUUUUUAAAACCGAUUCAGAAGAUUUUUUCCCCCCCUGAGCGCUCGUCAGGCUGGGAGUGUAACCAAUCGCUCUUAUCAUGUGCAAUGUUUAAGAAGGAAAAAGGGUUGGAGAUGGGGAGAAAUCCAGGAGGGGGGGAAUACGAAGAACUGGGCAGGAGGAAAAGAACUCGUGAGAAACAGGGUGAUUCUAGUGUAAACGAAACACGCUCUGCUUGUUCUAAAUGCUCCGGAAUUGGAAUCGCUUCCCUACCUUAUUUUUCCAGUGGCCUUAAUUUUCUCCUUGCUGAAGGCAUCCCCGGGUCUCGGUCUCCUUUCUCCAUAAAAAUGAAACGGAUGCAAUAUGGAUUCUCAGCAGAAAGACAAAUAAGAGCGGUAGGCAGGACCCUUUCCUGCCUGGGCAGUAUGGGGCGGAUUCUGAUCAUGGUGGACAUGCAGAGGCUGUAAUAUCGGGUGGUAGCCCCGUGAGGUGAGUGAAUGCAGGAUCGGGACCUAAUGCAGGGAGAGCUGCUUGGAUCGAAUGAGCCCUCAACUAAUUUUUUGUUUGUAACCUUUCAGUUCAUUUAUUUUGUAACCAGUGUUUGGUUGGCUCCUGCCCUUCCGCCCAACAGUCUGAGGGAAACACCUUGUUCUUCUUUUUGUAAAUACAACCCCCACGUUGUGGAAAUGUGUUGAUGUAUUUAAACUACCUAACGCAUUUGGGAAGUUUCCUGUGCCGGGUUUUCUACCUCAAAUUUGUAUGACCACUUGCCGAGAAAACAGGUUCGCCAAGCCAACUAUUUAUGUGGAUUAAAAAAAAAUAAAUAAAAGUUUUAUUAAAACGGACUUUCCCCUUUUCGGCCAGAGCGCCUUGCCUCCAGGGCUGGCCCAUCAGCCCGCAGUCAGAUGCUUUGAAAUGGACAAGGACAGAAGCGUUCUCUGAACGGCUAAACCAGGGUGUGUCUUUUAAAAACGGAUUUAUAUAAAAUACUAAAAUUAGCAUUGAUCGACUGACCCCUUUCGGAUUGUACUAUAGAUUUGAUAGUGCACGGGGUGUGUGUAUAUAACAGAGCAGAUCUGGGUUCGGUAGAGAUGUAGAGAAAGCUACAUCUGAUAAUAUUAGAGCUAUGUAGAAUACUGUGGGCUCUAGAUAUAAUUAAAUCUACAUAUCUAGAUUAUUAUGUGCAUAUAUAGUAUAAAAUCUAUACAAGGAUGUUACUAGCAGGGGGCUGGAACAAUUUUUAUAGUGGGGGUGCUGAGAGCCAUUGAACCAAACUCUAAACCCUGGAUAUGAUGGAAACCACUUCAAGCUAAAGGGUGCUGCUACACCCCCAGCACCCCCGGUUCCAGCAUCUUUGCCUACUAUUCUCUUUAUAUUGCAGGGGUACCUGGAAGCAUCACUUAGUUUGUGGCUUUGGUGUACUAAGCCCUGUACUGAUAUCUUUCCUGUAUCCAAAUAGAUAUCAACAGAGAGGAGAAUUGUAUUAAGUGAGAUACAGUGUAUUAGAUAGUGGAUGUCCCUCCCACUCACCUACAGUAUAUAUUCCUUUAGAAAUAUAUAGUUACUAUAUAUAUUGACAGCAGAUUAAUAGAUUUAAGGCCAGAAGUGUCCAUUAUGGGCAUCUAGUCCGGCCUGCUGCAUAACAGAGGCCUAAGCAUUGCACCCAAAGAUAUAUGUGUAUUUUUAUUAAAUGUAUGUGUGUAUUUUUAUUAUAUAGGCAUC